UAUAACGUCGUCGUCGUGGGCAGUCGUAUCUUGAAACCCGGCACCGCCGGAACACCUUUUAAAAUCGCAACAAUCAUUCGAUUCUAUUAAACCUCGUCAGCCCUGUAUUUUUUUUAUUUUACAAAUCGUCUCUCCUGUUUCACGGAUCUGCUUACUUGCCUGCUCGUUAUCUUUUACAAUUAUUAUCGCUCAUCGAAUUUUUAUCGGGGCUCGUUUCAUUCCGGGGUCUCGGGUGUCGUAAAUCAUCUCUUUUGUUUCCCCCGCGAAUCGUCAUCGACGAGUGCUCGUGCAGGUGUCGUCGACUCGUCAGUGUCCACUCCAUAAUUACGAAACUUCCUGGGCCUCGCUGCUCGGGAGUGGAGGAGGAAAAAUGUUGCCUCGUUGGAGCAAGGAGCCGGGGAAUUCGCGGUGGAAACAUGCGAUCGGUAUUAUUCCGAUAAUUAUCGGUACGUAACUGCGCAUCGCGGAUACUUUGUCGGGCUUUUGCCGACGAAAGAGUGCUGCGGUACAGUGAGCUUUUGACGGAUGGACAUCGAAGUGCGCUCUCGGAAAAGCAUCCAAACAUAAAAACAACGUAUCGAGCCGCAAACGAAGAAAAAAGGAGAUUACGAGAGAUCCGCGUUCCGCGAGCGAUCCGGGCGCGCGAGCGUGUAGUGCACGUCCGAAACGCGAAUCGCGUGUAACACGAGCCGCGGUUUGAGCCGAGUCCCUCGAGCCGGGGAGCGUCGCGACUCGUUAUUCUCGCGAGAUAAUAUUCCCGAUCGAGAAGCUCAUCGGUCGGCUUCUCGGGGGACCGAGCUCGUCAAUUAACUUCAUCAAUAUCUGCCCUGAUUGCUUAUGCAUUCGGGUUAACCAACGGACUUUUCGUCGCCGAUCGCACUCGCGCGACGACCUCGAUGCUCGGGGACGAGACUCCGCGAGCCGCGACCUGGUUCAAUUUCAGUGGUGCGAACCCAUCGGUCGUGCGAAUUUACCAUGUUCGUCGACGCUCCGACGCUGUUUUUCGGUAACUCUUCGCCGCGACGGGGCCAAACCCAUCGGAAGUAACCGGACCCGGGCUCCCGAGCGAACCUUAUUUCCCGAUGCGGAUCCCCGACCCUGCUUUUUUCACGACGAACGCAUUCUUUCCUCUUUCCCAACGGUGUGCGACGAUUCCGGUACUCGUUGAUCAGUGAACAACGUUGAAAGAGUGUUCGCGUCGCGGUCCGCGGGAAAAUCCUCGCGAAACAGCGCCGCUCGGGCGCCGCUUCAAAUCCCCAGGUGAAACUACUUUCGAGUCAUUCGCACUUGACCCGCAAUUGCGGACCCGGAGAAAUAAGCAUUCGAAUAAAACAUCGCCUCGCUGGAGACCCUCGAGAGGAAUUGACCUACAGAAGCUCCAUCGGUUACCACGGAGCCCCCCGCUCGGGAGAGCUUUCGCGGUCAAACGUUCCCCACGUUUUUUUCAUCCUUUUUCCUCGAACUGCCUUCGAUCGAUCGCCACGAAGAGCUCUCGACGGCGAUGGGCAACUCCAAGUCCCAACCCUGCCGACGGAGCCGUCCGAUGUACCUGCUCUAUCUCAUACAACGAACAUUCACCGGCAAAAGAGAACCCACCGAUCUGCACGAUCGCGAAGAAAGCGCCGAGCAGCGGAGCGAACUUUCGGCCUCGUCACGAUGCACCGACUGCAAAAGCUGCCAUUAUCGACAGGACAGCCUUACUUUCGACAGCGAAUCGGAGAUGGCACCCAACGCGGAAGAGGAGCUACUCGCUGUUAAGCCUUGGGGUCCACAGCCGGAAAAAGAAAGACUUCGGCCUCCGACGUACAACGCGGAAGAUUACGCGAUUGCUCUCCGGAGAUGGGGCCGCCGGCCGACAGUGACGUCCCACGAAUCCCACGGAACUUUGCCCUCGACGACGAGUUCCAGUUCCGGCUACGCUUCGGCGUGUGGCGAAAUGACACUUCGACAAUUCACCUCGGUCAGUGAACUCCUGAACAAACUGCGAGCCGACCUCAGACUCGCCUUUCCAAGUUUUGUGCAAGAAUUCGCGGCUCCGCCAGCAGACGGGAUGACACUCUUGCUCGAAACGCUUCGCGGCGUCCAAUUGAUCCAGAGCAGCCCACCGAGCGGCCAGGGUGGGCCAAGAAUCGGCACGAGACGAGCUGCCCUCGAUGAGCUCGGAUGCGUCGAGUGCUUGGCCGCAUGCGGCGAGAGAUGUCCCGAUGCACCGAGACUUUUGUCACAAGCGCAGCCGGGACUCCUCGCUCUCGCGGUUUGUCUCACCAGCAGCCUCAACCGGUCCAGAGUUCUCGCGUUGCAGUUGCUGACUAAAGUUUGUCAGGCACCGGGUGGCCAUUUGGCGGUCUCCGAAGCCGUCUCCACCUUGAGACUGAGAUACGGCGAGGGAGGAAGAUUCCGUUUUCUCGCAGGUGCUCUUCUCGCCCCGAGGGCCGCGAUGGCACUCAGAGUUGCAGGAAUCUCGUUUCUCAAUGCCUUUCUCAAGUCGGCACCACGCACUCAAACGAGAUUAUACAUUCAGGCUGAAGCAUGCGAGGCUGGAUUAGAGCCUCGAGUAUUGCAAUCGUGGUUGAGCGAGGUCGACGUCCGUAGUGACGACUCGUUGAGUGAUCUUCUUCACAAGGAGGUCCAAAAGUGGUCUCACAACUGUGUCGACGUGGAAGCGUUGCAAAAACGUUUAGCCCGAGCGGAGGAAACUUGCACAAUUCUCGGCAACAAGGUGAGCGUACUUCAAGAGCAGCUGGACAAGUACAACACGGUGAAAAUGAGUGAUUACGCGAGCGGUAGCGAGGACCGGAAGAUCGAGUCGAUGUCAAAAAACUCGUCGGUAAGCGAGGGUCGGAAAAUAAUGCAGCAGCAGCAGCAGCAGCAGCAGCAGCAGGCGAUGUCGUCGAACGCCGAGGACGAGGGAAUAAGUUCAUCGGAGAGAUCGAGCAGCCCCGAGGAGUUGGGAAUGUCACUGAGACAGGGGAACAACAAUAAAAUGUCUUUGAUCGAUAACGACCAAGAAACUACGAUAGACGACGUCAUCGAAGAGUUGCGGAUCAUCGUUAAGGACGCGGAGGAAGAGUUCGAGGAUCGUAAAGUUAAGGGGAUGAAAAAUUACCCCGAAAAUAGUAAAGGAACUUUGAACAACGCCGAGAGGAAUUCUGGAGGCUCGAGAAUUUCGAUUAAAUCAGCGAGCCAAGAAACUCCGAAGACGAAAAAUCGACGCUCGGACAAAGACUCGGUCACUUAUUUCGGACCCAACGAGGACGAAGACCUCAGCGUCGAUUCAGCAGUGACGAGAAAACUGAGCUCCUCCUGCUCCGAGAAACCAGCAGCCAAAAACUCCCCCGACCAAAGCGUCAAAAUAAUGGUGAAAAACCCCGAAUUCGAAGACGCCAUCGUGCCAGCGAUUUUGUACCCUCAACCGCCGAGACGCGCGCCUCCUUGUCUCUCCACCAUCCUCGCCUCCAGAGAAGCCGAUUUUCUUGACAAUCCCAUCGCUUUUAACAACCACGAGGAAGAGGACAUCGAGGAGGAGACUCUCGACGACGGCAGCGACUCAUUGCUGAGCGCUUCGCGGCUCAAGUACGUCACGAAAAACGAGAGCACCGAGCCCGCUUCUCGACAUCUCGGCAAUCAAAACUUUUAUAAAAUUCAAUCGAGCUCGCAACGAUCCAACAAUUCGCGGAACGAUCCUAUCGCCGGUUCUCGGGAAUCGAGCAACCUGCAAAACGAGCUUAAAGCGAUGAGGAACUUUGACGAUUCGAGCAACUUUAAAAAUCUCCGGGAUUCUGAGCCCGCGAGCAAGUACUUUCAAGUUUACAAACAAUUCGAGUCCAACAGUAAAGUCAUCAACGAUUGUUCGGUGGCGACUCAAAAACGAAGCUCGUCGAGGUACAAGAGCGAAUUGGAGAGAAGAAAGUCGCUGAGGAGAUCGGCUAGUCAGGACUUCCUGGGGUCGAGCGGCUCCAGUCCGAACUCCGGGAAGUCGAGGAUCGAAAGUCGCAUCCGAAAAUUCGAGAGUUUAAACGCCUUCGAGAAUAUGAGUUUGAGGAAUUAUUCGAGAUGGGAGGAAAACGAGAACGAGAAAAUCACGAGAUUCGACGGGCCGCGCUCGAGAAUCAAACGGUCCGAAUCUUUCCACCACGUUUCGAUGGCCGAGCGGGAGGAAAAGUCGUUCAAGAGCUGCGGAGGUGGGAGCGACAGCGGUCUCGUUUACAUAACCGAUUACGAUUUGGAGCCGCUGGUGAAUCGUAAAAACGAACGUGACGGCUUUCCGCAGUUCGCUCAUUUGCUGACCAAAUCGUUGGACAGAAUCGACGAGAGUUUCGACGCGAUGACGAUCGAAGAGGCUUUCUCCCCUUCGAAGCGCUCGCAGACGUCGCGUCCCGCCAAACAAAAACAUGGCAAAUCAUCGAAAGUUAAAAGCGAGGAGAAGAGCUCGGGCAGAGGAGGAAACUGUAAAAGCAGCGGGAAAAAAUCGUACUUUGAAAAAGGCCCCAAAAGGGAGGAGCAAAUUCGCAUAGAAAGUUGCUCGGAUUCGAAAUUCUUGAGAAGCGACGAGCUCUACGACGACGCGAUGAGAAUCGAGAGGCAAUGGAACUUCCAAAACAACAUCGACGACUAUCGAACAACGAACAAAUUCUCAAACGCGAUGACCGUCGGAUCCAAUCAGAGCUCUUCGCGAGCCGAUAAAAAUCCCAACAAAUAUUCCACCAACGACUCCGGCGUCUUCUUACCCUCCGGCCGCUACGACGCCUUUGGCCUCGGCAAAAAUCGCUUCAAUGUCGGCAAAUACUCCGGACACUCCCAAAUAACUCGCGACGAUAAUGUCGGAGCGAGGAAAAAUUCCACUGCCUCGCUAGUCGCUAAACAUGGCAAAGUCACUGAUAUACUUUCGGGGUUGUACUGACGCACGAUUUUUUUACCUUCCUUCGUACUUUCAUUUCGAAUAACAUCGAUACAAGUGCAAUAUUAUGAGUAUUAAUUUCAUAGGAUAUUUUAUUUUAUGCCUCUCGAUUUAUUUUCAACGAAAUUCUUCAUCGGUGAUUCCGAGCUUCUUUCGAACUGUCACUAAAACGAAAGGGACGGAAAAGUAUUUCCAGUGUCUCGGGAUUGGAGGAAGCAGAGCUAAAUAUUGUAAUUUGAGUAAAACCUUUCGCCGAUUCAAGCUCGAUUCGAACAUUUUUUCUUCUAUUGUAAACCGAAGAAUUGACAAUCCCUUCGAAUGAAGAGUUGUACAAUCUCGUUCAUUUUUAUUUAACCAACAGUCCUGUAAAUAUUUUCACUCGCUAUAACUCGAGGCAGAAUACAAAGACGAAUCUCUGUGAAAGAUAAACAAAUAUAAAUAUAUAUUCACGAUAUUUUUCCUCGGGAGAAAAAUGUAUCGUUAGAUUUGUACAAGAGAUAACGAUGAAAUGUUCGUUUUUUAUUUAUUACGACAAUAAAAGAGCCAGACGAGUCUCUCGUCUGGUUCGCGCGAUCAAAGAGCAAUGUAAGCAGUAACGACCAAUAAAAUGUGUAACCAUGAA